AUGUUUCCACUCUACCAACAUUUGUAUCCUAGAGACGACGAUAGUGAUGAACGAACAUGUAGAAAUGACAGCAGAAGCAAAUCACGUUCCAGACCACAAAAGUUUCGCAACGAACUACGAAGAGUCACCUUGCACUUCACACCCAGUUGGUUCAGCGUAAAUAUGGGAACAGGAAUAACGUCCAUUUUGCUACAUGAAUUACCCUAUCAAUUCAAAGGAUUACGGAUUAUUGCAGAUAUUAUAUUCGGACUCAAUGUCGUUCUCUUCCUCCUGUUCCUCGGGAUCAGCAUCGCACGUUACACAGUCUGGCCACAAAUGGGACCUUUGAUGCUCUUUCAUCCUUCUCAAUCAUUAUUCUUGGGCACGUUUGCAAUGGGUAUGACAACGAUUGUGAGCAUGUGUGCAAUCGCAGCUGCACCUGCUUGGGGUAAUGGAUUCGUGAUUUUCACUUGGGUUUUAUGGUGGAUCACUGUUGUUUUGGCUGUCGUAAUCUGCACAGGUCUCCCGUUCAUUCAGUUCACUCGACACGUUCAAUCCCUCGAGCAAAUGUCUGCCAUCUGGCUUUUGCCUCUCGUCACACCCGUUGUCACCGCUUCUAGUGGUGGAAUUGUUGCCGAUAUCUUGCCACCCUCGCACGCUCGUCUCACCCUUACUGUCUCGUAUAUCAUCUGGGGAAUGGGUUUCGGAACGGCGUAUUUGGUCAUGUCGAUCUAUUAUGCCCGUCAAGCGAUUCACAAGAUUCCACCUGCAGCGAUCAUCGUUUCUGUAUUUUUACCCCUUGGACCAUGCGGACAGGGGGCUUUUGGAUUGCUGAAAAUGUCUUCAGUUUUGUACAAACUUGCACGACUAGAUGGUCAAGUGUUGGGAUCCGUUAAUGCAAUUUCACCUUCUGAUAUCUUUUCAACACAAGCAGAAGCACAAAUUAUGGCUUCGGCAAUCUAUGCUGUCAGCAUUCCGAUCGCGCUGGUGUUGUGGGGUUUGGGGUUGUUUUGGUUGAUUCUGGCGGUAUCAACGUUAAUUGACCUGGCAAAGGUGUCGAAACUGCAGUUCAACUUGGGUUGGUGGGGUUUCACGUUUCCGAUCGGUGUUUUCAGCUCGGCAGCCGUUCAAUUCGGUAAAGAAUUGGAUUCAGGAUUCUUUCGAAUCUUUGGAACUGUUCUCUCACUUAUAGAAGUCGCUCUUUGGCUUACCGUUUCUUCUUUCACCGUCCUUCGUGUUAUUGAAGGACAUAUACCCUUCUCGCCUUGUUUGGCCGAACAAGCACCUUCACGCAAGUAUACUUAUCAACCUAGGGAAACUACCGUUCCUACUAGUACUUAA